AUAUAGGGUCACAAUACAUAAUAAUAAAUCUCCCUCUCUCACCGUGGGACUCGGCGAUUAUAUCAGAUAUAGGGUCACAAUACAUAAUAAUAAAUCUCCCUCUCUCGCCGUGGGACUCGGCGAUUAUAUCAGAUAUAGGGUCACAAUACAUAAUAAUAAAUCUCCCUCUCUCCCCGUGGGACUCGGCGAUUAUAUCAGAUAUAGGGUCACAAUACAUAAUAAUAAAUCUCUCUCUCUCACCGUGGGACUCGGCGAUUAUAUCAGAUAUAGGGUCACAAUACAUAAUAAUAAAUCUCCCUCUCUCACCGUGGGACUCGGUGAUUAUAUCAGAUAUAGGGUCACAAUACAUAAUAAUAAAUCUCCCUCUCUCACCGUGGGACUCGGUGAUUAUAUCAGAUAUAGGGUCACAAUACAUAAUAAUAAAUCUCCCUCUCUCACCGUGGGACUCGGUGAUUAUAUCAGAUAUAGGGUCACAAUACAUAAUAAUAAAUCUCCCUCUCUCCCCGUGGGACUCGGUGAUUAUAUCAGAUAUAGGGUCACAAUACAUAAUAAUAAAUCUCCCUCUCUCCCCGUGGGACUCGGUGAUUAUAUCAGAUAUAGGGUCACAAUACAUAAUAAUAAAUCUCCCUCUCUCACCGUGGGACUCGGUGAUUAUAUCAGAUAUAGGGUCACAAUACAUAAUAAUAAAUCUCCCUCUCUCACCGUGGGACUCGGUGAUUAUAUCAGAUAUAGGGUCACAAUACAUAAUAAUAAAUCUCCCUCUCUCCCCGUGGGACUCGGUGAUUAUAUCAGAUAUAGGGUCACAAUACAUAAUAAUAAAUCUCCCUCUCUCCCCGUGGGACUCGGUGAUUAUAUCAGAUAUAGGGUCACAAUACAUAAUAAUAAAUCUCCCUCUCUCACCGUGGGACUCGGUGAUUAUAUCAGAUAUAGGGUCACAAUACAUAAUAAUAAAUCUCCCUCUCUCACCGUGGGACUCGGUGAUUAUAUCAGAUAUAGGGUCACAAUACAUAAUAAUAAAUCUCCCUCUCUCACCGUGGGACUCGGUGAUUAUAUCAGAUAUAGGGUCACAAUACAUAAUAAUAAAUCUCCCUCUCUCACCGUGGGACUCGGCGAUUAUAUCAGAUAUAGGGUCACAAUACAUAAUAAUAAAUCUCCCUCUCUCACCGUGGGACUCGGUGAUUAUAUCAGAUAUAGGGUCACAAUACAUAAUAAUAAAUCUCCCUCUCUCACCGUGGGACUCGGUGAUUAUAUCAGAUAUAGGGUCACAAUACAUAAUAAUAAAUCUCCCUCUCUCCCCGUGGGACUCGGUGAUUAUAUCAGAUAUAGGGUCACAAUACAUAAUAAUAAAUCUCCCUCUCUCCCCGUGGGACUCGGUGAUUAUAUCAGAUAUAGGGUCACAAUACAUAAUAAUAAAUCUCCCUCUCUCCCCGUGGGACUCGGUGAUUAUAUCAGAUAUAGGGUCACAAUACAGAAUAAUAAAUCUCUCUCUCUCACCGUGGGACUCGGUGAUUAUAUCAGAUAUAGGGUCACAAUACAUAAUAAUAAAUCUCUCUCUCUCACCGUGGGACUCGGUGAUUAUAUCAGAUAUAGGGUCACAAUACAUAAUAAUAAAUCUCCCUCUCUCACCGUGGGACUCGGUGAUUAUAUCAGAUAUAGGGUCACAAUACAUAAUAAUAAAUCUCCCUCUCUCACCGUGGGACUCGGUGAUUAUAUCAGAUAUAGGGUCACAAUACAUAAUAAUAAAUCUCCCUCUCUCACCGUGGGACUCGGUGAUUAUAUCAGAUAUAGGGUCACAAUACAUAAUAAUAAAUCUCCCUCUCUCACCGUGGGACUCGGUGAUUAUAUCAGAUAUAGGGUCACAAUACAUAAUAAUAAAUCUCUCUCUCUCCCCGUGGGACUCGGUGAUUAUAUCAGAUAUAGGGUCACAAUACAUAAUAAUAAAUCUCCCUCUCUCACCGUGGGACUCGGUGAUUAUAUCAGAUAUAGGGUCACAAUACAUAAUAAUAAAUCUCUCUCUCUCACCGUGGGACUCGGUGAUUAUAUCAGAUAUAGGGUCACAAUACAUAAUAAUAAAUCUCCCUCUCUCACCGUGGGACUCGGUGAUUAUAUCAGAUAUAGGGUCACAAUACAUAAUAAUAAAUCUCCCUCUCUCCCCGUGGGACUCGGUGAUUAUAUCAGAUAUAGGGUCACAAUACAUAAUAAUAAAUCUCCCUCUCUCCCCGUGGGACUCGGUGAUUAUAUCAGAUAUAGGGUCACAAUACAUAAUAAUAAAUCUCCCUCUCUCCCCGUGGGACUCGGCGAUUAUAUCAGAUAUAGGGUCACAAUACAUAAUAAUAAAUCUCCCUCUCUCCCCGUGGGACUCGGUGAUUAUAUCAGAUAUAGGGUCACAAUACAUAAUAAUAAAUCUCCCUCUCUCCCCGUGGGACUCGGUGAUUAUAUCAGAUAUAGGGUCACAAUACAUAAUAAUAAAUCUCCCUCUCUCCCCGUGGGACUCGGUGAUUAUAUCAGAUAUAGGGUCACAAUACAUAAUAAUAAAUCUCCCUCUCUCCCCGUGGGACUCGGCGAUUAUAUCAGAUAUAGGGUCACAAUACAUAAUAAUAAAUCUCCCUCUCUCCCCGUGGGACUCGGUGAUUAUAUCAGAUAUAGGGUCACAAUACAUAAUAAUAAAUCUCCCUCUCUCCCCGUGGGACUCGGUGAUUAUAUCAGAUAUAGGGUCACAAUACAUAAUAAUAAAUCUCCCUCUCUCACCGUGGGACUCGGUGAUUAUAUCAGAUAUAGGGUCACAAUACAUAAUAAUAAAUCUCCCUCUCUCCCCGUGGGACUCGGCGAUUAUAUCAGAUAUAGGGUCACAAUACAUAAUAAUAAAUCUCCCUCUCUCCCCGUGGGACUCGGCGAUUAUAUCAGAUAUAGGGUCACAAUACAUAAUAAUAAAUCUCCCUCUCUCACCGUGGGACUCGGCGAUUAUAUCAGAUAUAGGGUCACAAUACAUAAUAAUAAAUAUCCCUCUCUCACC